AUGUCUUGCCGACGUGCAGACUGCGUCUUGCUAGUCUUGCUGGACGAUCAUGCCGCUGCAGUCGCAGAGAGGCCAGCGGAGGAGCUGCCUGCGGUAGAGGCCUACCCUCUCUCGGACCAAGACUUGCGAAGACUCAGGUUUCAGCGGAAUAUUGGCGUGUCCGCUCACAUAGACUCGGGGAAGACGACUCUGACGGAGCGUAUACUUUAUUACACCGGGCGAAUUCGUGAGAUUCACGAGGUCCGAGGCAGGGAUAAUGUUGGGGCAAAGAUGGACAGCAUGGACCUUGAGAGGGAGAAGGGUAUCACUAUCCAGAGUGCGGCAACAUUCUGUGACUGGGUAGCAACUAUGCCUGCUACUGGCGAGCGGGAAGAAUAUGCUAUUAACAUCAUUGACACACCAGGUCACGUUGACUUCACCAUUGAAGUCGAACGGGCUCUGCGUGUCUUGGACGGUGCCAUCCUGGUCUUGUGUGCGGUUUCCGGCGUCCAGAGCCAAACAACCACGGUUGAUCGGCAAAUGCGACGGUAUAAUGUUCCUCGGAUAUCGUUUAUCAACAAAAUGGAUAGACCCGGUGCGAACCCAUGGCGGGUCAUUGAGCAAAUUCGGACAAAGCUGCAUAUACCGGCUGCUGCCGUACAGGUCCCGAUCGGUGUCGAAGACGAACUCAAGGGUGUCGUAGACCUCGUUCGGUGGAAGGCCGUCUACAACGAAGGCGAGAAAGGCAACAAUCUCGUCGAGUCGGACGAAAUUCCCGCAACGGUUCUGGAACUGGCAAAGGCGAAGCGUCGCGAGCUCCUCGAGCAGCUUGCGGACGUCGACGACGAGAUAGGCGAGAUGCUGAUCAUGGACGAGGAGCCGAACACGCAGCAGCUUGCUGAGGCGAUUCGGCGAGCGACGGUUGGGCUGAGGUUCUCGCCGGUCUUCAUGGGCUCCGCAGUGAAGAACAUGUCGGUACAGCCGCUGUUGGACGGCGUGUGCGCAUACCUGCCGAUGCCAUCCGAGGCUGACGUCGUCGCUCACGACACAUCCCUGCCUACGGACGCGCCAAUGGUACCCCUCGUACCAGCCUCAGGUGCCCCACUGGUCGCACUCGCGUUCAAGCUGGAGGAGGGCCGAUUUGGACAAUUGACGUACAUGCGAGUUUACCAGGGUACCAUGCGCAAGGGUCAAUUUAUCUACCACGGGCGCACGGGCAAGAAAGUCAAGGUCCCCCGCUUGGUGCGGAUGCACAGCAAUGAGAUGGAGGACAUUGAAGAGAUCGGCCCUGGUGAAAUUUGUGCUAUCUUUGGUGUUGACUGUGCGUCCGGCGACACGUUCACUGAUGGUUCGACGAGCUACUCGAUGACCUCGAUGUUUGUCCCGGAGCCUGUGAUCUCCCUCGCUUUGAAGCCCGUCGGUCAAGAGACGCCUAACUUCUCUCGUGCCCUGAAUCGAUUCCAGAAGGAAGACCCGACUUUCCGCGUGCACAUCGACAAGGAGAGCAAGGAGACUAUCAUUUCCGGUAUGGGAGAGCUGCAUCUAGAAAUUUACGUCGAGCGGAUGAAGCGCGAGUACAACGUGGAGUGCACGACGGGCAAGCCGCGCGUCGCGUUCCGCGAAACGAUCACCCAGCGUGCCGACUUCCACUAUACGCACAAGAAGCAGACGGGCGGUGCAGGUCAAUACGCGCGUGUCAUUGGGUAUGUCGAGCCGAUGGAACCCGACCCGAAGACAGGCAAGGACGUUGCGUUCGAGAACUUCGUCAUGGGUGGCAACAUCCCGUCGAGCUAUAUCCCUGCGUGCGAAAAGGGUUUCUAUGAGGCGUUGGAGAAAGGUAGCUUGUCGGGUAACCCGGUCUCUGGGUCACGGCUCGUGCUGCAGGAUGGUCUUGCGCAUUCAGUCGACUCGUCCGAACUGGCGUUCAGGCUUGCGGUGAUUGGCGCAUUCCGCGAGAUCUACGCGAAGACGAAGCCGGUCAUCCUCGAGCCCAUCAUGAAGGUCGAGGUCGUCGCACCGUCAGAGUUCCAGAGUGCUGUUAUUGGAGGGUUGAACCAGCGACGGGGCACGAUCACGGACAGUGAGGUUCGCGAAGAUGAGUUCACGGCCAUCGCUGAGGUCGCGCUGAACGAUAUGUUCGGCUACUCGAGUCACCUGCGUGGCGUCACCCAGGGCAAGGGCGAGUUCAGUAUGGAGUACAAGUGCCACCAGCCGGUGCUCCCGAAUAUCCAGAAGGAGCUCGAGGACGCGUACAAGAAGACGUUGCCACAGUCAAAAAAGUAAAUUGAAACUUAAUGGGUACUAAUUUAGACGCGCUUUCGGUUUAUCACUCAGCAUUUCCUAUGUUAUGACAUCACGCUCUGAUCUGUA